AUGAUAGCCCUCGGCCUCGAAGGCUCAGCCAACAAACUCGGUGUCGGACUCAUUCUUCAUCCCAACCCAACCAAUGCCAAAGCCAGCGCACCGGCCCAGAUCCUGUCCAAUAUCCGCCACACAUACGUCUCCCCGCCCGGCGAAGGUUUCCUCCCCAAAGACACCGCCAAGCACCACCGUGCCUUUGUCGUCCAACUGGUCAAACAAGCGCUCCGGGAAGCAGGCGUCAGCGUUCAGGAUGUGGACUGCAUAUGCUACACCAAGGGCCCAGGGAUGGGCGCCCCACUCCAAAGCGUCGUGGUCGCAGCGCGGAUGCUGAGUCUGCUCUGGGGUAAGGCGCUGGUUGGCGUAAACCACUGUGUUGGGCAUAUUGAGAUGGGACGGGAGAUUACCGGCGCCACGAAUCCCGUGGUGCUGUAUGUUUCCGGUGGAAAUACGCAGGUCAUCGCGUAUAGUACGCAGAGGUAUCGGAUCUUUGGAGAGACGCUGGAUAUAGCGGUGGGGAAUUGUUUGGACCGCUUUGCGAGGACAUUGAAUAUCUCGAAUGAUCCGGCACCGGGGUAUAAUAUCGAGCAGUUGGCGAAGAAGGGGCGGUUUCUGCUUGACUUGCCCUAUGCAGUUAAGGGCAUGGAUUGCUCGUUCAGUGGGAUUCUAGCUCGUGUGGAUGACUUUGCGGCGCAGAUGAAGAAGGGAGAGCUGAGGGAUGCCGAGACUGGGGAGCUGAUAACGCCCGAGGAUCUAUGCUUUUCACUGCAGGAGACCGUGUUCGCGAUGCUGGUUGAGAUCACUGAGCGGGCUAUGGCUCAUGUGGGAUCUAAUCAGGUCUUGAUCGUUGGCGGCGUUGGUUGCAAUGAGCGAGUUCAAGAGAUGAUGGGAGUUAUGGCUAAGGACAGGGGAGGAUGUGUUUACGCGACGGACGAGAGAUUCUGCAUCGACAACGGAAUCAUGAUCGCACAUGCCGGUCUUCUAGCCUACCAGAAAGGAUUUCACACCAGACUCGAAGAGAGUACAUGCACACAGAGGUUUAGAACAGAUGACGUCUGGGUGCAAUGGAGAGAUGACUGA